AUGUUAUAUUACCUGUUGGUUUGCUUCGUUCUGAUCAUUAGACGAUUUACCGACGGAAGUCUGUGCGCCACAAAGGUCAUAGUGCGAGUUCCCCGGGAUAACGACAUUGGCUUGAUCUUCGAUCUGACCGUCACCAACCGCAUCAGGGGAAACAGAAGGAACACGCUGGACUUAACGAUCGUCUCGGACGGACAAUGUACAGUGAAUACAACCAGUGGGGAACAGGUGCACUCGAUGGGUCGAAUCUUCGGCGGCGACUUUGGGUCGAUCGAACCUGGCAAGAGUGAAACUAUCUCUCUGGUGUGGCCCACUGUGUCUCUGUUCAACCGAGUGGGCUUCUGUCCCAUUUUGAUCUCCGCGACAAGUGCCCACGCCCAGGAUGCAGUGGCAACCGCCAGGCAAGUGCUGCAUUUCGAUACCCGCUUCGAGACCCUCGAUCCGCAGAACAACAAGUUGCGCAGGCGAAAGGACUUCAUGGACUGUCGCAACUGGGACAAGGACUACCUAAGGAACUGUACACCACUCAAUUGCGAGGAACGAUACUUUGGCCAACGCAGCUUCUUCAACGAGGAAACCGAACAGUGCGAAAAGGUUUCCGAGUGCUCGGGACGCGGCGAAUUUUACGACAUUUUCAGCAACGAGGCUAUUUCUGGUAAUUUUGUUACUGAGGAGGAACUCGAUUUGAUCAAGCAAGGAAAAUUCGAUUUGAAUUUUUUGGAUCUAAAACGACCUUUACCGCAGGAAGAACCAAAACACAAUCAGGCUUAUCCUCUCAAGAAAAAGAGCAAACAAUUUGCUGUGCCCUUUCCGCAUUUAUCUACUCACACAAUGCCGGAAGAUUGCGAUUCGUCUCACAAACUUACAUUGGCUGAUUUCAAUGAUUGCUUUCAGCAUUUGAAGGACUCGCAGUUUCCGGAAAACCUGGAAGACGGAAAGAAAGUUGAGAAAAAGUCCCCAUUUGAGGUACCUGUUCUGACCCAACUUUAUUAUGAUUGGUAUCUGCCCCUAAGGGCCGAUAAUUGGGCCGAAUCAGUCGAAAUGGGGGCCGAGAGUGAAUCGAUUCCUCAAAAUGCUUCAUCAGGAUCUGUACCCCUUUUAAACUGGGUCAUACAACUGGACUCCAGAGGAUGGCUGUUGCUGAUCCUCAAGGGAAGUGUCACUAUCUUAUUGCUAAUUGUGUUUCAGAUUUUGGCCACUCUGACGGCUUAUUUCCUGAUCUGCCUUGCCGUCUACGGAUUUAUGGAACUUUAUAGCGUAUUCACUUCGAACGAAGCUGCGGAUAAUUUGAUCAGGGACUCCAGUUCUCAACACAGCGUAUAUGACCUUUUUACCUCAGAGAGUCUGAUGUCCCAACGUUAACUAAAAACCAAUGUUUUUUUAAUGUGAAUUUGUUGUAGUAAAAUUUAUACUUGUAAAUAUAGGUGUGAAAUAUUA